AUGAAAGCCGAGCUGGUCUCCUCCGUAUUGACGACGUUAUGCCUUUUCACGCCCAUCUUGGCCGUGAGCCCACUGGAGACACCCUCGGUACUGGAAGAAGAUCCAAUCAUUCAGAGCGACGGUGUAGUCCAGGCAGGGGCCAGCACAUAUGGCGAUGACCUUUUCAAUGGGCAGGACCCAGCGAAACCCGACAUCGACGACUCAGCUACUGUUGCCCUUUCCAACGAUGAGCCAGCCUCCACGACAGACCAUUCUCCUUGGUCCUUUAAACCUGUGUGUACCGACCAUUUGGACGAGCUGGGAGACCAACUGUGCGUCUACACCGACGCGACGUUCAGCAGCGGUCGAGGCAUAUCGAUCUUUACGACGCCCCGGAUCGCCCAAGAGUUCGCCGCGUUGCUGCCCUUUCAGGAUCCCUCUGCCCUGUCCUCGCGCGGGAUCAACCCGGACCGCAAUGCAGACAGGCCAUGGUACACGACGCCGAUCCCAGGGAAAGGCAUGGGCAUGCUGGCUUCCCGGCCCCUGAAACGCGGCGAUCUGAUCACGGCGCACACCCCUUCCCUGCUCGCGCACAUGGAGAACGUCCUCUCGACCGCUGAGCGCGAAAGAUUCCUCCGCCUCGCCGUGGACCAGCUCCCCGCGGCCAGCCGGGACGAGUAUUUCAGCCUUGCCAAGAUCUACGGCGAGCCCAGCGUCGUGGUCCAGGACGUGGUCAAGGCGAACGCUUUCGAGAUGCAGGUCGGCGGCCAGAUGCAUUUGGCUGUCUUUCCCGAGUCGUCGAGGAUGAACCAUGCCUGUGCGCCCAACGCACAAUACUACAUGUCGCCCACAAUGCUCACGCAGUUCGUGCACGCGGUGCGGCCGAUCGCCGCCGACGAAGAAGUGACGAUUGCGUACGCGCCGCCGCUGCGCCUGCACGCGGACCGGCAGCAGUACUUGCAGUCGACGUUCCAUUUCGCGUGCACGUGCGCGCGCUGCACGCACACCGCCGACCGGACGCUCGAGGACGCGGACAAGGCGACCGAGGACAUGAUCGCGCUGCAGUGGGCGCUGUCGCAGUGGACGGCCAACUCGACCGCCAGCGUCAAGAAGGCUGAGAUGCUCGUCGGCCUGUACCGGCGGGAAGGACUCGACGCGUUCCUCGACGACGCCUACGGCCACGCCGCCCUGACGUACAACGCCGCGGGCAGCGCCAGGGGCGCGAAGAAGUACGCCAAGCUGGCCGCCGAGGCCGUCCGGCUCAAAUACGGACCGGACGCCGAGGCGGCGAGGGAGUGGGAGAGGAUCAUGAAGGAUCCCACGGUGCAUUCGAGCUGGAGAAGGAGGAAGACAGACUAG